CAUGUGACGUUAAACAGGAAGCAGAGAGAUCAUUGUAAAAUUGAAUGUAUACUUUUGUACGCAAAAGGUCAAUGUCAGCGCUUGUGUUGUGCCAGUUUGAAAACUGAACACUAAACUGUUGACUUCGGCUACAUAGUCAGGGCAGCCGAGCUGUCAAUCCUGGUUUAUAUUAGCCCUGUUAGCGGCUAACUGUUAGCUACAGCAGCACCGAGUCAAGGAGCUGGGCUGCGGUCGAAAAGUUCUCUGUCUUUACCUAAACACGUUUCCUUUACCUCAGUGGAAAACGUAAUAAGGUCAAGGAAAGAUGUGAAGGAGAAUUCAUAAGGAUUUAGGAAAAGACAAACGCGGUGCUCAGAAAAUCCGAGUGCACUUAAACCAGGCGACGUAAUAAUGCGACGGCGGAUGUUAUUGACGUAGGUCUGCCAUGGUGAAACUACAGUGUUCUGAAGAAGGACUACAAAAAGCGCGUCUUAUUUCGCCCUGUGCGUUAUACCCUGUUGUUUCAUGCAGGCAAUAUAAACGUGGACAACCCGGGGAAACAUUACUUCAUUAACAAGGUUGUAAUGGAAAUAAAAAAGGGACACAGGGACGCUGGAAGCCAGUCACAGUUGGGGGUAAUGAGAGAGAGACACAGAUGACAGCACUCUCUCUACUGUCCAAACGUCAUGCUUCCCCGGGCGGGUAAAGAGUUCCUGGUCCGGAUACGGUUUUCCUGGCGGCCGCUUUUCCAGGGCCGGUACCUGCUGCUCACCAACACCCUGAGUGGAGGAGUCAUGCUGGGGCUGGGAGACUCCCUGCAGCAGAGCUGGGAGAGCCGCAAGGAGCCAGGCAGAGUCCGAGACUGGAGGAGGACAGGUCGCAUGUUUGUGGCGGGCUGCUCCAUGGGUCCACUGCUGCACUACUGGUACCGCUGGCUGGACAAAGUGUACGUGGGCAGAGCUCUGAACACGGUGGGCAAGAAGGUGCUGGUGGACCAGCUUAUCGCCUCUCCAACACUCGGGUUGUGGUAUUUCUUAGGUAUGGGUCUCUUGGAGGGACACACUUUAUCCGAAGGAUGGGAGGAGUUUAAAGACAAGUUCUGGGAAUUUUAUAAGGCGGACUGGUGUGUUUGGCCUGCCGCUCAGAUGAUCAACUUCUACUUUCUUUCACCCAAAUUCCGUGUCGUGUACAUCAACUUUAUCACCUUAGGGUGGGACACGUACCUGUCCUACCUCAAACACAGAGAUGACAGCCACCCCACUGAGCUGGUGUCAGACAGCAGUGCUGUGGAUGUGCAGCAGGAAGCGCUCCCACCAUCCAAACCUCUGGAGGAGAAAACUUAGAGGCGGAGUUCAUGCUCAACUGUGAAGUCGUUCAUCGGAGACAAAAGAACAUUUUGCAGUUUUUACUUAUGUUCCGCCUUUGCAUAAUGAUGUGCGACUGUUAUAACAGUUUCUUCCGAUGGUCUUUUUCCUCCAGCAGACCGCUCCUCUCUCAAGUUUAAACCGACCACAUUUCUCUGACUGUCUGAACUCAGAGGAGUUCUGUAUGUUUAAGUAGAAGUGCUGGGACACUUUACCCUUCAUGUCUGUAGAGUUUUAAUGCGUCUCUGUCCAGUUUGUUUAUUUAUUUAUGUCUGAAUGAUGUGCACUCCUGUAGGAGCAUUCAGGGAUGAAAAGCUGUUUCACUGCCUGUCAUGCUAAUACCUCUGAUGGUAGUGGUUUUCUUUUUAUUACAACCUAGGCAUGACUGUAACUGCUGCUAUUGACACGAAGUUCAGCAAGGCUCUUAACGGACCAUUCAUUUCCAAAAUUUCUAAACAAGUAGCUCCUUUGUUGUGUUGCACCCAAACAUUUAAACUGUCCAAAGUCCAACAUAGUGGCAUUCCUUUUUAUUUCUGUGCCGUUUUAUGUUUCUGGUUUGGCAUGGAAGAAUCAUUAUUGAUGUGAAACAGCUUCUCUAAACAGCUGCUGUGUUUAUAUCCAUAUCAUAUUAACCUGCAUAAACUGCCUUAACAUGUGAACCAGUGCUAUGCUCUGUUUUCAUGCCAAAUAAUCUCUUGUCUUUAGUUUAUCCCUUUGAGGUAUAUAAAAAUAAUUGCAUGACUGUGAUUAUUAUUAAAUAUUUGAUCUUUUAUAUUUUUAUCAUAUCAAACUGAACUAUCAACUGUUCGCAUAAACUUGAUUCCUGAUAGACUGUGCAGUAGUUUGACACUAGUGACUGUAAAUUUGACUUGAUAUACUGUACUGUAUAUCUCCAGCAUCUAAUUUAUGAAUGACAUACUUUUAGUUUUGGCAGGUCAGGUGAUUAAUCGUUUUAUGUGAUGACAGCAAAAACUGCAUAAAUGGUGCCAACAUGAAAGCAGAAAUCUGUGAAGCAAUAUAUAUUUUACAUAUAUUUUAUUUUGUGGACAUCUUUGGGGCUGCUACUGUUCAUGUAACAGAUUUACCAUAAAUUUGAUCAAAAAUGUAUCAUUAGCAUGCUAAUGUGUGUGAAGAACUUUAAAACAAGCAGACGUCAUAGAGGACUUUAAAUAAUUCUGAAUGUUGAUGAAUUGUAUUUUUUCUUGUUGAUUUUUUAUUGUUUUUAUUGUUGAGUUUUAGUUUCAGUGUAAUUUUAAAAAGGCAUGGCAAUAAUAAAAUGAUAUGACAUGAAAUUUGCCAAAUAAUUAAUUUAAUAAUUAAAGUUAACAGACAUUUUCAAUGUAUGUGAUGACUUUCUUGUAGCUCCUUGUAUACAUUUUGUUUGAUGAAAGGCGCACAGUAGUCUUUUUUUUCCUCAUAAUAAUAAUAAAGUUUUGACAAGCAAAUAAGAGCUGACAUCAGAAUGCACAUAACCUUAGGUUGGUCAUUGGUGAGGAACAGGGUGGUUAUUUUUCUAUUUUAUAAAAAAUACUUCAUCUAAAAUCCUGAAUGUCCUGUACCAUCAAUUUUCAUAUAGUAGUAAUGGCCAUAACUUUAAUACUAGGCGUGCAUCAAGAGGUUGUUUUUCACUUCCUUUCUCAAAAACUAAUGCAAGGCAACGCACUGUUAUGUACAGACGAAAUAAAAGAGUUUAAAAAAAUAUCACGAGCACGGAACACCAGCCCCUUUCCAAAUAGGACAUGUUUCGCUACAUAAUAUCUGACUAUAUGAUCAAUUAAUGAGGAACUUUCUUGGUUAUGUUUAAUUUCUGUUUCAUUUUAUUUUAUCAGUCACCGUAUUUGCUGUUUUUAGUGGUACUACUGUUAUUUUUGAGCUGCAUGAAAUGUUUUACUUACUAUUUAGAUAUAAAGUGGGUACUUGUCAUUGUUGUUAUUAGCCUUGGAUCUUUAAUUACAUAAUUUUUUUACAUUAUGAUGUAAUGUUUACUUGUGUGGACCCCUGGAAGAGUAGUUGCUACCUUGGUAGUAGCUAAUGGGGAUCCAAAUAAAUAAAUAAAUCUUUAUAGCAAUAAAGAAUUUAUCAGGAAAGACAGAAACCUCUCUGAUAUGCUAAUUUGUUCAAUUAUAAUCCUAACUUUUUACUGUUUAAAUGGGAAAGAGAUUCAGUUCUUUGCACUUUAUUGCUCUCUGUGACAUUUCCUCAGAUGUAAAAUUCUAGCGAUAAUAUAAUUUAUUGCUCUUUACAUCAAACAGGAAAAAUUUUGUGACCAAGGACAUUCAUUGUAGCUAAGACUUUGUGUUAUCUCUCAAUCCAAUGUUGCAAGAAAAACUUAUUUUGUAUUGUUUGAAAUAAUCAUUCCAUAUUGUCAUACAGUACAAACCGUAACAAUACACAAAGUAUAAGCUAAUUCGUUUAUUUGUGUUGCACCUUUCAAUAACAUUGUCGUACUACAGUGAAACAUAGUCUUGUCAUUCCAAUAUGCAACCUGCUAAAAAUAUAUAUCCAUCCAUCCAUCCAUUUUCUACCGCUUGGUCCCGUUAGGGGUCGCGGGUGACUGGAGCCUAUCCCAGUGACUUUGGGCCUAAAAAAUAUAUAUAUAAAAGAUAAAACAAAUAACAAAAAGGUUUGUGCAAAAUUCUGUAAGGUAAUUGUAAAAGGUGUACGCCAUUUUAUUCAAUGUAAAUAUACAGUACAUGCAGACAAAGAGGUGGUGCAAUGGUAUAUCUUCAAGAAGCAAAAAUAAGUUAAAUUUAAAUGCUGUAUAAUUCAAAGUGAUAUUCAUAAGACAUGAAAUGCAUUAAAAACAAUAUGUAAAGGACACAAAAGAGACAAAAAUAAGUUUAAAAGUAAAACGAAUUGUAUAUAAAACUGAUUGAACAGGAGAAUAAAAGUUACUGACAUAAAUGUCACUUUAAUGUGUUGACGUCAGUUUAGAAACAAACCUGUGAGCUGCAGCUGUCUGCCUGAUAACAGCAAGUACGGAGCCAUGUUCAAACAUUGACUAACCAGCAUGAUUUGACAUGCACCAACCAACCAUUUAGAGCACAUUCAACACAUCCUGCUGUCAAGGAUGUAGUCUGUGUGUGUGUGGGAGUUUGAAUGUUGUCGAUAUGAUCGCCAGCCUUUUCCUCUCUCACCAUGCCUGCAGCGAUGCACCUCAUUGUGCUGGUGUCCCUGUUUGCAGUGACAGUUUGUAAAACUGCACAGCUAUUGACGACAACCACAAGUAAUGCACACAACAUCAGUGUGUUUGUGACAAAGAAAAAUGUCCCUUCACCCACUGUGAAAACCACCAACAACACACAGCAGAGUACCGCAGCAGUCACUUCAGAAAAAGUGUCAUUGUCACCGCCGUCCUCAACUUCCUCAACUUUCUCACAAACACCCAACAGAACAGAAGAAGCACAUCCCAGCCCUCCUCCUCAGACUGCUACGAUCAACCACACGUCCAACAAGACAGUUUCCCAAGGAACGACACUCCCACCAGCAUCAGAAUCGCCAAACGUCACUGCAACCGCCACCGUAAACACAACUAGCCCAGGUCUUUCACACAAUUGGGAAAAAAGUGACUUGGCAGCAAAUCCCGGCCUCGUGGCCAUCCUUUGCAUCUUCUGUAUCGUCCUCGUCCUCGUGCUGGUGGUUGCCACAGUGAAAUGUAUCCAAUCACGGAGGUACAACUUCGAGAGACUUGAUGAUGUGCCGAUGGGCAAAGUGAACGAGGAGUCUCCAUUUGCCCAGUACUCAAAAUGACAGAGAAGACUUCAUUGGACACUGAAGUCCAGGAGGAGUCUGGUCUGCUGUAUGACUCUGAUGUUUCUGGACAGAAAAAAAGCACAGAAAUGUUGUCCACACAAAAGAAAAGACAAGUUUUAUGUUUUUCUCUCAGGCUCUUAUUUCUUUACAUGGCACUUCUUUCAAUGACAGUGGAGUAUUUGUGCCUCAGCUUUGACCAUUAACCUGCUUAUUUGGCUGCUUUUAACUCUGCUCAUUUAUAUAUAAAGCUUAAUCAACUGUUGCACUAACUCUUCCUCCAUAGUUUCUUUUGAAAAGGGAAUCAGCCAAAUGUAAUGUUUCCCAAACUGGAGAUGUAUGUCCUCGUAAUCACUUACAAUUGCACUCUUACAUGUAACAAGUUAUAAGAAUACAGUACAUUUUAAGUUUCCAUAAUGAUUUGGGGAUUUGUGUCUUCAUGAUCAGUUAUCUGCACAUACAAAUGCCUUUUUGGGCAAUAGGAAUGUACAAGUGUAUGUGAAAUAUAAUUUGUAUCAUGUUAUUUAUUACCAUAAAUGAUGUAUAGCUGAAUAGUGUCCUCCCUGGCCUCCAGUGCAGAUUGUAGUUGAAGUCCUACAAACAGUUUUCAGAUGCAGAAAUAAACUCAUUGGUUGAGUUAAAUUUCAGCAUGAGCAGUGAAAAAACACAGUUUGAUAGAAUUAUUAUGGCCAACUAACCAAAAAAAAGAGAUAAAAACAAAAAAAUAGGAAUGUAACAUAUGAAGACUUAGUCAUAGCUAGAAAUAAUGCCAACAAGUGUAGGUACAAUUAUAGUUUGGCAUGCCUCUGACUGCAAUCCUGGCUGAUUAGAUUAUUUCUGCCUUUAAUAAACAAUAGACCAGAAACUAGCUUGCAGAAACAUUACAAACCUUUGUAAUCCCCAAAUUUUAUCUGUGUGGCAAAGCUGCUCUCGUUCAUUCAUUUUAAUUCUCUUAACAUCCAACAUACAGCUCUCUCCAGUGCAAUUAAGAAUUAAAAAUUCUAUUAUUUACUAUUUUCAUACUAUUUCGACAAAGUAAUUUUGCUGCAGUGCAACGUGUUUAUGCUCAGGGAUUGCAGUAAAUCCAUGUUUUUUAAAAUCUGGGUGAUCAUCAUAUAACCCGGUCUCUUCUUUGUGCAUUAUACACAUACUGUCAGACAAAUGUAAAUUACAAAAUUGUAAUGUUUUCAAUUAAAUAAAAUUAAUAUUCCCAAAACA